GCGCUACACUGGGCUGCCAAACAUGGAAAUGAAGACGUCGUCAAGCUGAUUGCCGGCACCUACAAGGCGGAUGUUAAUGCUAGAACGAACGGGGGCUAUACACCAUUACAUUUGGCAAUGCAAUUUGGACGUGUUAAUAUCUUUGAGCUGCUCUGCAACACUUAUAAGGCCAACCGUGAUUUAAUGGAUUGGAGCGGGAACAAGCCAUUGGAUUAUAGUAGACAACGUACUACAGUGUCUGAUUCUACAUAUAGCAAAAUCAAAGCAAAGAAAAAACAUUCCGAAAAAGAUUUGGGCUUCCUACGGAUUGGCUCUUUGAAUGUGCGAGUGAAGAAAACAACAGAAGCAUUCAGCAACUUCUUGGGAGUGGGCAGUGGCAGUGGGAAUACAAUGGCUCAAAUGGUAGCAGCCAACGGUGGCCCAGUUUCGGGAGCAAGUCGCCAUCACCAGCGAUCUCACCGACACCGUCAUCAGCUUCAUCAAACUCACAAUGGUAUGACACGGUUGCGAAUGGGGAAUACUCAACCGAUGAAGACAAUGACGAUGACUACACCAUUAGGGAUGAGCAACCAACAGUUGAGCUCGAGAGCAAGUGUACCGAUUAGUAAUAGUAAAUUUGAUAAAAUUCAUAAAUCUUGGGGCUCUGCCGAUAAUAUACCACAUAAUGGUAAAAACACUAACAUGUAUACUAAGGAUUUAAUGCCACCACCUAAAAGUGUGGCCGCUGUUAAAAAACGUCAAAAAUCUUCGAAACAUUCAUCUGUGACAUCUAGUGCUACAACUGAUUCUCCACGUGGUUCUAUAUCAUCAUCUAAUUCUAGUUCAAAUCUUUAUUCGGGAUACUGUAGCAUGCCUACGACUCCAAAUCAAUUACGAGCUCCAAUCGGCAUGGCUUCAGCAAACAAUAUGGGUGAUUCAGACUCGGACUCGGCAUGUGGAUUUGAUUCUAAUUGGUCAUCGGUUAACAGUCGUGGCUCUCUAAGCAGUGGCAACUUACAAACUUCAAGAUUUUCAUAAAUUCAAGUCGAAUUUCACAAACUGAAACAUUUCAUAAUAAAUUAUGUAGAUUUUAUUUUUUAUUGUUUAUUAUUUUCUACAAUACAAAUACAAAAAUGUAUUCAAAUUCAUAGAAUUUAUAACAAUAAAAU